GUGGAAAGGGGUGGCGGGGAUGGAGGAAGGGAAGCCAGGGGAAAGUCUGACACUUCGCGCAGAAGGAGCGAGACCCUCCGCCGCCGCAGCCGCCGCCGCCGCCGGGGAGGAGCCCGUCCGGCUCGCAACGCCUCCCAAUCCCGAUCCCGGCACCGGCCCCGGCCCCGCACCGAGCUCAGCCCGCACCGCGCCACCGCUCGUCUCCCCGCAGGUACCACGCAGCCCCACCGCUCCGCGCCGCGCCCCGCAACACUUUUCCUCCCAUAGAAAGGUGCAGAUUAAACUUGGAUUGUUUGAAGAGUGCGGAGAUAUUUCACGGUAGUGCAAAAAGUGCAUAAGAAGAGAGCAAAAUGAGAGCUUCCCAAGUACCGAAUGCCUGCAGUCUGUUAUCUUUAGCAAUGCUGUUCCUUCCCGUCACUGGAACGUCAAAACAAAAUAUCCCAAGACUCAAACUUUCCUAUAAAGACUUGCUGCUUUCAAACAGCUGCAUCCCAUUCCUGGGCUCUACAGAGGGGCUGGAUUUUCGAACCCUGCUGCUAGAUGAGGAGAGGGGCCGGCUGCUCGUUGGGGCAAAAGACCACAUCUUCCUGCUCAACUUGGUUGAUUUAAACAAAAAUGUAAAAAAGAUUUACUGGCCUGCAGCAAAAGAAAAGUUGGAAUUAUGCAAACUAGCUGGGAAAGAUGCCCAUACAGAAUGUGCCAAUUUUAUUAGGGUCCUUCAGCCCUACAACCGAACACAUGUUUAUGUCUGUGGCACAGGAGCAUUUCACCCCCUCUGUGGAUACAUUGAACUUGGCACUCACAAAGAGGAAACAAUAUUCAGGCUGGAUACUCAGAACUUGGAGUCGGGCAGGUUGAAAUGUCCUUUCGAUCCUCAGCAGCCAUUUGCAUCAGUGAUGGCAGAUGAGUAUCUUUAUGCUGGAACAGCUUCUGAUUUCCUUGGCAAAGACACUGCUCUAACACGUUCCCUGGGCCCUUCUCACGACCACCAUUACAUCAGAACUGACAUUUCUGAACAUUACUGGCUUACUGGAGCAAAAUUCAUUGCAACUUUUCCCAUCCCGGACACCUAUAAUCCAGAUGAUGACAAAAUCUACUUCUUUUUCCGAGAAAUAUCACAAGAUAGUAGCACCUCUGACAAGACAAUUCUUUCUCGAGUUGGGAGAGUUUGUAAGAAUGACGUGGGAGGUCAGCGGAGCCUAAUAAACAAAUGGACUACUUUUCUGAAAGCCAGGCUAGUGUGUUCAAUACCUGGUCCUGAGGGAGCCGACACACAUUUUGAUGAGCUACAAGAUAUAUUCUUACUUUCUACAAGAGAUGAGAGAAACCCUCUUGUAUAUGGAGUCUUCACUACAACAAGCUCUGUCUUCAAGGGCUCUGCAGUUUGUGUGUACAGCAUGGCAGAUAUCAGAGCUGUUUUCAAUGGCCCUUACGCUCACAAAGAGAGUGCAGAUCAUCGAUGGGUGCAAUAUGAAGGUCGUAUCCCAUAUCCCAGACCUGGUACCUGCCCAAGCAAAACCUAUGAUCCACUUAUAAAAUCUACCAGAGAUUUUCCCGAUGAAGUCAUUAGCUUCAUAAAGCGCCAUCCCCUGAUGUACAAAUCCGUUUACCCGCUGACGGGAGGACCAGUGUUCACGCGAAUCAAUGUGGACUAUCGGCUGACUCAGAUUGUGGUGGAUCAUGUCAUGGCAGAGGAUGGGCAAUAUGACGUUAUUUUCCUAGGAACAGACAUAGGCACAGUACUGAAAGCUGUGAGUAUCACUAAGGAGAAGUGGAGUAAGGAGGAGGUGGUCCUGGAAGAGCUACAGAUAUUCAAGCACCCUUCUUUUAUCUCAACCAUGGAGAUUUCUCAGAAGCAGCAACAAUUGUACAUUGGUUCCAGGGAUGGAUUGGUUCAGCUCUCUCUGCACAGAUGUCACACGUAUGGGAAGGCUUGUGCAGACUGCUGCCUUGCCAGAGACCCAUACUGUGCCUGGGAUGGAAACUCCUGUUCCAGAUACGCCCCCACUUCUAAAAGGAGAGCAAGAAGGCAAGAUGUCAAAUAUGGAGACCCUGUCGCACAGUGCUGGGAUGUGGAAGACAGCAUUAGUCAUGAAACUGCUGAUGAAAAGGUGAUUUUUGGCAUUGAAUUUAAUUCAACUUUUCUGGAAUGUAUUCCUAAGUCCCAGCAAGCCUCUAUUAGGUGGUAUAUUCAACGCACUGGAGAAGAGCAUCGAGAAGAGCUGAAGGCAGACGAAAGGAUCAUCAAAACAGAGCACGGGCUGCUGAUCCGCAGCUUGCAAAGAAGGGAUGCAGGAGCCUAUUUCUGCAAAGCCCAGGAGCACACCUUCAUCCACACCAUUGUGAAGCUGAAUUUAAACGUCAUUGAGAAUGGGCAAAUGGAAAGCACCCAGAAAACUGAGGAUGAGGAGGGUCGGGUGAGGGAUUUGCUGACAGAGUCCCGGCUGAGGUACAAGGACUAUAUCCAACUUGUCAGCAGUCCCAGCUUUAGCCUGGAUGAGUACUGUGAACAGAUGUGGCACCGGGAGAAACGGCGACAGCGAAACAAAGGCGGUGCCAAAUGGAAGCAUGUGCAGGAGAUGAAAAAAAAGCGAAACCGAAGGCAUCAUGAGCCAGCCAGGCCACCAUCCACAUAGUUUGCAAACACUAUUUAAAGAAAGGACACUUUCCAUGAAAAAAAUACUGUGUUUUGGUUUUGUGCAUCUUGCCUAUGAAUUAGUACUGCUUCUUAUUGAAAUAACUCAUCAUUGCUAUUAAUUUGUACAUGAAUGUACAAUGGGGUUUGAUACCUUAUUGGAGAGCCACCCACCAGGCAAUAAUUCCAAAUGCUUUCAUUAAAAAGAAAAGAUGUACACUUUGAGCUAAUCUGGAUAGCCUGAGGCUACAUGAGCUGUGUUCUCCACUUUCUGCAUAAUUUUCACAUAGGAUUUAGUAUCCGUGUUCCCAUGUUAAUAUCUGCUGCCACGUUCCACCCCAGACAUAGCUCCAUUUCAGGAGAGGGCAGAUGUAUUUGUAGUUCUUUGGCAUCUUUCUUAAUAAGAAGCAUGGUAGAAAUGUGUGACAGAUCUGCAAAAAUACCCACUAAUUUACCCAUUGGGCUUCUAUACAGGCACAGGGGUGGGGUUUGCUAGCACAUAGGGGCUCAGCAAAAAAUCAAAUUAAGUACUGGCUUAGGGACAACGCUGAUUUUUCCCAUUAAAAAAAAAAAAAUGAAAGCAUAAUCAUAGUUUAAGAGAGGGAAAUUAUCAAGCCUUAUUCAUUUGAGUUUGAUAGCCAUCAGUUUGCAGUCCAUCUGCUGAAAUGAAAUGUUGACUCUAAUUGAAACUGCCACUGAGAUGCUUGGGAGUAAAUUUCCUAAGUGGUGUGUGGGAGGUAUGUGCACAAAUCCUAUUAACAAAUAAUGGGAUUCUUGCCUAUGCCUCUCUCAUAUCUCUAAAUGUUGCUCACUGGCUGUAUCUCUGGCCCUUUGCUAGCCUCAUUUUAUGCAAAGGAAAAGAAAAAUAAAAGACAACAAGAAUGCUAAAACAAAAGACGAUGAGGGAAGAUAUUUAGUAACUGAGACCAGUGCUCUUGACACAGAGCUGACAUUCCUCAGAUGUGUGUAUUCUUUGGGAUUUUCUCCCAAAGGUCUUAUGUAUUUUUAAGUUGAAAAUUUGCCUUGUUGGAAUUGAUACUUUUAUUAUAAAUAAAUAAAACAAGAGAUGUCCAUGUGUAAAUAAAACUUGUAAGUUAGAAAUAUGCUAUGUACUAUGAUUCCAUUUGUAAAGUGUUCCUUGUGCCUCAGUUUGUAUUUUGGUUGUAACAGUGUAAAUCUUUUCACAUAAACAAAAAACCGUGUCCUUAUUCUUAUCUAGUUGACAUCAUCACGGUUUCACUGAAUUUAUUCCUGAUAUGCAGUAACAAACACAAGCUCAAAAUCAGGCCUACUGUCUUUUCUCAUAAGUCACAGCCCCCCUCUCUCCUCUUCCAGCUAAACCCCUCCAUUUUUCCUUUCAUGCCUUUUUGAGUGUGAAAUGGCAAAUUAACCACUUCUUCACAUGGAGGAGAGCUUUGAUGGAUACCAAAAUGACAGACUUUACUCAUUUCUCAUGCAUUCUACCGAUCUGGAGAGCAAAGUCUGUGGGAAACCCAUGUAAUUGGUGAGCACCUCAUUAAGAAACUGAGAACACUGCUCAGGAAAUUGUAGGUUCUCCUUUACCCAUGUUGAUGUUUGCGUAUGCAUUUAGUCCUGGGUUGAUAACUAUGUAUAUACCAUUUUCAUCACUGUUCAUUUCUUUUCUGUUGAAAGUCAGACAUGGCAACAUGUGCAUCAGACCUCAGAAAGGAAUCUCAGUUUACCCACGCUUCCUGUUACACCUGAAAGUUGCAUUUGCAUGUGUUGUAUAAAAGCCGGUGAUACUGUAUGUCAUUAAUUUUAGAUACUUUUUUUAAAAAAAAGGAGAUUAUAUAUGAGUUAAUUAGGAAAAAUUAGAUAGCAUGCAUGCAAUGCUUUGAUAGUGUAUAGGACUGAGUGCUAAUAUUAUAAAACAUGUCUGUGAGGAAGAGGGAAUUUCUCAUCUCAAGACUUUUAAUUAGCAGAGAGACUGAUGCUGAAGACACUACCCAGGAGUACACUACUUUGAACACCUGCCCAGAACUUUUUUCUGACACUUUUGCAACACGGGAGGCUCAUCAUUUUGAGCACCUUGAUUUAAAGGCUGAUUAAGACUAAAAGGAGGUUUGGGGUGCUAUAAAACUACUAAAUGUAAAGAACCCUAUGGCUGGGAUACUCAAAUAUUCUUGGCUGGAAUUUUGUGAUGUCAUAAUACAGAACCUGUGCAAUUAUUAUUAGAUUUUUAUCAGUCCAUUAAGUCCCAUUUCUCUGACUCAAACAUUAAUUAAAUGUGUGGAAUCACAGCAAGACUAUGGAAUAACACAUGGUCUAGGUUUACAUGGAUUGACAAAGAGCCUACUCUUCUCUCCAGCAGUGACACAGUACUUUAAUUAUGGCAUUUCAGACAACUGUCAUCUCAUGUUUAUUUAAAAUCAAAUCAGUUCCUCUCUUCCAUGUUAUUUUUUCUCCUCCAUGAAAACUAAAUCACUUAAUUUAUGUUUAGAUAUGACUGGGGGCAUGUAUUCUACGAAUGAAACCCCCACGCUGACUUUAGUAGAAAUCCUGAAUGACUAAUUUCUCAGUGCUGGGAGCAGUAGAUUUUAAUGCUUGAAUUAAAAUGUUAUUACCCUUAAAAAACAACUUUCAUUUCUUUUAUUUCAAAUGUUGUUGCAAUGAGAUUCUUUUUAAAGAAAUGACCUCAUCAGUCUGGGUAGCAUAAAACCCCAAGAGAGAUAUAAGGACACUUCCAUUAUGGGGGAAAAAUUCAAUAUCCUCCAAAGCAGUUGGCUGUACUGGGUUCAUGCCACUCCAGGGAAAAUAUUUAAUAAUGUUGCACAGAUAAAAGUCUGUGUUUUGAUACACUGGAUAAGAUGUGCCCUAAAGCUGUCAGGGCUAGCACAGCUUCUUAUGCUCAGUAGAUUUUAUAUGCGCAAGGUGGCCAAAGGAUGUUGGGGAUCAGGGGGUGAGCAGGAUCAAUCAGUGAUCACUGCUGAAGACAGGUUUUGUUAGGCAGGAUUCUGUAAUGCAAACCCAGGAGGAGCCAUGCUUUAUUUUUUCUGCAAACUGAGGUCCCAGACUGAGGUGCAGAGGAUUAACUCAUCCAGAAACUAGACCAUCAGAGGAUCAGAAAUGAUCUUUUCAGAAAAGUUAAUCUUGUGUAUAGUUAAGGGCUAAAACCAAAACCUGCCUAAAAUUCAAAGUGAUGAUUUGGAGAUCUGUUGGGCUGCUCUGAGCAGUACUAUGAGCCACACCAGGCUCAUAGUUAAAUUGAAACAGAGCCUUGCCUCCUGCAAGAGCUCAAUAAAAGUGAAGUUAAACAAAGUUUUGGUCCAUGGUGGAAAAAAAGUUGCCUCCACUGUAGUUUUUAAACAGAUCCCUUAGUGCAUAUGAUACAACAUGGAUAUUUGUUUACAAAUGUAUUCAACCAGGAGUCCAAUUAUUAAUAAAUUAUCUUUCUUUCAACAAAACAUUGCCACUGACGCUGCUUCAGAAGAUGGCCAGUGCUUGACUGCAGUGGUUUUAAACAGUUUUCUAGAAUAACCAGCACAAUGUGAGCUCUAGUUAUAAAAAUACUGAAAACUGACAUAAUCUUUAAAGCCCAACAGGGCUCUAAGCUCUGUAGAGAUCUUGUAGCCAGUUAAAAUAAAACAGAAAAUGUGAUUAGCAGAAAAAGGAAUAAAGUAUUAACACUUAUAGUGAUAAACAAGUUGAAUUACUGGAAACUGUUCCGACAACAGGUGUGAAUGUGUUUUCAUGCCAUAAGCAAAUACUUUUCUCUUAAAGCAGUUAAACCUACUCUAGCUUGAGAUAUCUCAGAACCUGAAUUCUUUCCAAUUCAUAAGUAGGCUUUGGAUCUGGUUCUCAUGUCACUCAUAAUGAAGUAAUUAGGAUAAAGGCUGCAUCUUCACAUGCUUCUGAGAUCAGAAAAUCCCUACAGUUAAAAGGCUAUGAAGCAUUUAAUCUAACCAUUACAGGUAUUGAUCUACAUUUAAUAUUUCAGAUAACUAACUACUGCUUGUUAUUACUGCUCAGUUAUUCACAUAAUGAGCCCAUGUGUCUCAUAAUAAUGUCUCAACAUUUAAUAACAACUAAAGCAAAUUGAUUUUACUAAAGUCUUUUUAUAUGAGCAUAUGUGUAUAGCAGGACAUACACAAAUGUGUUAUGUUCAUUUUUUAACAGAGGGUGAUUGCAAAAGACAAAUGUGAUUUUCAAGUGUUAAGAUUCAGAUUGGCUUCCACUGAAAGCGAAAAUAAAAAGCCUACUGAAAUUGAAUCAUGGUCUAGGGAGAUUAUACCGUAGUUCCAGUCUAGUAGUCAAAGAGCCAAAGCUGUGUGCUGUCCUGAGCCAUGUAUUUGCCUAGUUCUUGUAAUUGAGGAAUGAAGAUCUGAGGAAUGAUAUCUGCAUGAAUAGAAAAUUAAGCCCACCUGUCUCUCUAAUAUUUUGUUACAUUUUAAAAAUCUUAAAUGAUCUCUAUUGUAAUAUUUUAUCAUCGUGUUGCUAAUAUUACCCUGCACUAGGCUUCUAUAACUAGGUAAUGUGACAUUCUUUGUGACUGUAAUCCAGUUUUCAAGGCUUGUAAAUAAUUCCAGUCUAGUGAACACUAGACUGGAAAAAAAAAAAGCACGUGUGACUAAAUGACACCUGACAGGGAAGUGUGUAUGGAGCAAAGGUGUGUCAUUCAGCUCCUCCAUGUGGAAAAAAUGACAUCCAUUGACAUUCAUCGACACUUGCUGAAUAUUUAUGGAGACCAAACAGUGGAUGUGAGCACAGUGAGGUGGUGGGUGCUGUGUUUUCAGCACUAGCAGCUGCUACACUGGGUCACCACCACUGAUGCAGUUUGUUAGGAGUGCGGCAUGCAAGCUGCCGUUAAUUCCUGGAAGAAAUGUAUAGCUAAUGGCAGCAGCAAUGUUGACAAAUAGUGUUUUGUAGCUGAGAAUUUGCUCUAAGAAAAAGUGUUAUUGUGCUCUUCCAAUCUGUUGUAGUUUCUAUUGAAAUAAUUCAUUGAAUCAUGGAAUUCUUAGAGUUGGAAAGGACGUCUGAGGGACAUCUAGUCCAACUUCCCAGCAAUGAACAGGACACCACAACUGGAUCGGGUUGCCAAGGACAUCUCCAGGGACGAGGUAUCCAUCAGAACGCAAGGUGACCUGUUUCAGUACCUCACUGCCCUAAGAUAAUAAACAAGAGAAAUUACUUUUGGAGUAACCUAUUUAGUUAUUUGAUUUUCCUUCCCAUGACUUAAACUCGUUGUCUCCUGCCUCUGAGAGACUUCUGUGUCAGGUAACUGCCUCUGUGUGGAGAAAUAUUGCAGGAUCUGGUAUUUCUUUGGCUUAUAAACCACCCUACCACCCCAAAGUAUCACAAUUUGCCUUCAGACAAUGACUUUCCCAAGCAUCAGCUUUUGCAUUCAGCUGCAGAUGUAAACCAAAUACUGUGAGGUAAAUUAGAGACCAGAUGGUCUUGCAUUUACAAAUGAGAUCUUUGGGACUGUUAAUUAGAGCUCUCCUUUUGCUUUUUACGUAUGUGAGUGCUCAAUUUAAAAUCAAAGUAUUUUGUUCUUUAAAGCAUAAGAUUCUUCAUAUUCUAUAAGAUACAGAAUAACUCCUUGCCUUGCCUUGCCUUGCCUUGCCAUGCCUUGCCUUGCCUUGCCUUCCCUUGCCUUGCCUUGCCUUGCCUUGCCUUCCCUUGCCUUCCCUUGCCUUGCCUUCCCUUGCCUUCCCUUGCCUUGCCUUCCCUUCCCUUGCCUUGCCUUGCCUUGCCUUGCCUUGCCUUGCCUUGCCUUCCCUUCCCUUCCCUUCCCUUCCCUUCCCUUCCCUUCCC